AUGGCUCCCCACGCAACGGAAAACGGCGCCGAUGCCACGUCAUCUUCAGGCAGCCUCGACUUCACCACCUUUUCAAACGUGAUUGACGGCAAGCUCACCUCCACCGAGAAGACUCGCCAUGGAAUCAACCCUGCCACUGGCAAACCGAACCCUGAGGUCCCAGUCUCAACGCCCGACGACGUGGAUAAGGCUGUAGCAGCGGGCAAGAAGGCGUUCAAGGCAUGGGCCAAAACACCGUACGCGGAGAGGCAGAAGGCCAUGCUGGCUUUUGCGGACGCCAUGGAGAAAGAGAAGGACGGUUUCGCGAAGAUGUUGACACAGGAGCAGGGGAAGCCACUUCAUUUUGCCUACUUUGAGAUGGACUUCACCCUUCAGAUCAUUCGCACCAUGGCAAAUCUCGAGCUCCCCACGGAAGAAAUUGUCGACGAAGCUGAUCGGAAGAUCGUUGUUCGAUACACUCCUCUCGGGGUGACUGUGGGCAUAGUUCCGUGGAACUACCCUGUCUUGCUGUGCUGCUCCAAGAUCGCCCCGUGCGUCGUCACUGGCAACCCCAUCAUCAUCAAGCCAUCUCCAUUCACUCCUUAUGGAGGACUGAAGGUGGUGGAACUGGCGCAGAGGUUUUUCCCCCCAGGCGUCCUCCAAGCCCUUAGCGGAGACGACAACCUUGGUCCCUGGUUGACCUCUCAUCCCGGGCCAGCAAAGAUCAGCUUCACAGGCUCCAGCGCCACUGGCAAGAAAGUCAUGGAAUCCGCAAGCAAGACACUCAAGCGUGUCACGUUGGAGCUGGGCGGCAAUGAUCCUGCCAUCAUUUGUGAUGACGUGAACGUUGACGAAGUUGCUCCCAAGGCAACCCACUCGCUGACUCCCAUCAAGAUCUGCCUGGCGCUCAAACGCAUCUUUGUGCACGAGAAGAUAUUUGACCAAUUCCGUGACAAGAUGGUCGAAUACACCAAGACUUUGAAACUCGGCGAGGGAUUCGAGAAUGAUGUCUUCCUUGGCCCCAUCCAGAAUUCCAUGCAAUACGAGCGGGUCAAGGGCUUCUUCAAUGACAUUGAGAAGGAACAUUACAACGUUGCUGUCGGAGGCAAAACCCCUGAAGGACCAGGCUAUUUCAUGACGCCGACAAUCAUUGACCGUCCCAAGGAGGAUUCCAGGCUGGUCGUGGAAGAACCGUUCGGUCCCAUUGUACCGCUCUUGAGCUUCAGUACCGACCAAGAAGCCAUUGAGAAGGCUAACAAUACCAUGUACGGCCUUGGUGCGUCGGUCUGGUCCAGCAACCUCGAACGCGCUGCGGCAAUUGCCAAGGAACUCGAGGCGGGCAACGUCUGGGUGAACACUCAUUUCGAGCUUGAUGCAAGAGCACCCUUUGGCGGGCACAAGGAGAGUGGCAUAGGGACCGAGUUCGGGGUGGGUGGGUUGAAGUCGUACUGCAACUCGCAGACCUUGUACUUGAAGAAGUGA